GACUGAAGAGAGCGCGGGUUAGAGAAACCGAAUAUCCAACGAAUGUCGAAUUUAAAACUAACUUUACCUCGCUCUCUAAUCGACCCUAGCAACCGGGCCAAUUGGUUGCUUAGGAAGCCUGAAUGGAGUCACUCAGCACCCCUGGAUUCGAGAAAUAUGCCUUGUAAAAUCAGUCAAUGAGUAAUUUCAGUCUAGAGACUCGGAGUGCUGCACAGUUGAGCGUCUGCGCUUCCAAGGGAAGCAGCGUCAUGUCCAGCCUCAGACAGGGAAUGGGGAAGAUGCUUUUUGGAGUCCAUCAUUUCAGACUAGCAGCAGUUCUAGUGCUGCUGCCAAGUUUAUCAUGUUUCAAUGUGGACGAGAAGAACAGGAUGUCAUUCAGUGGACCAGUGGAGGACAUGUUCGGAUACACUGUUCAACAAUUUGAGAACAGUGAGGGAAAAUGGGUUCUGAUUGGUUCUCCUUUGACGGGACAGCCAGCUAAACGGACAGGAGAUGUCUACAGGUGCCCUGUGGGACAAAACAAAAACACUGUAUGUGAAAAAUUCCUUUUGUCAGAAAGCACAACAAUUCCAAACAUACAUGAAGUCAAGGAAAACAUGACUAUGGGAACGACGCUUGUGGUUAACCCAGAUGGCAACGGAUUUCUGGCCUGUGGUCCUCAGUAUGGAUACAUGUGUGGAAAGCAGCAGUACAUCACAGGGAUCUGCUCCAAUGUCAGUUCCUCCUUCAAAGUCCUUAACUCCAUCGCUCCAACAGUACGAGAGUGUAAGCAGGAUAUGGACAUUGUAAUAGUGUUGGACGGCUCCAACAGCAUCUACCCCUGGGAACCUAUCACUGACUUCCUGGUCAAAUUUCUCAAGAACAUUGAACUUGGACCAGCCCGGGUGGGAAUUGUGUCGUAUGGAGAUGAUGUUGGUCAUGUCUUCAACCUCAGCCAGUUCUUAAACACAAAUGAUCUUGUUUUGGAAGCUGCCAAGAUCCACCAAAGAACCGGCCACAAAACUAUGACAGCUCUCGGCAUUGACAAAGCAAGGAAAGAGGCCUUUACAGUGGAGCGAGGGGCAAGACCAGGUGUCAAAAAAGUCAUGGUGAUUGUCACAGAUGGGGAGUCACAUGACCACUACAAUUUGAAAGGUGUCAUUAAUGAGUGUGAAGAAGAUGGUAUUGAGAGGUUUGCCAUUGCUGUCCUUGGCGACUAUAAUCGUCUAAAUAAAAGCAUCGAAGAUGUGAAGAAGUUUAUUGAUGAAAUUAAAUUCAUUGCUAGCGAGUUUAAAGAUGAUCAUUUCUUCAAUGUGUCGGAUGAAAGAGCACUAGUGAACAUCGUCGACGCCUUGGGAAGCAAGAUCUUUGCCUUAGAGGCCACAUCAGGGACUCACACCUCCUCCUUUGACAUGGAAAUGUCUCAGUCUGGCUUCAGCGCUCACACAUCGAAAGCGGGUGUGAUGCUAGGAGCGGUUGGUGCUUUUGAUUGGAAUGGGACUGUUGUGAUGCAAGCAGACAAAGAGUUUAUCGUACCAAAAAAAAACACCUUCCAUGAUCCUGAGGUGCAGAGGUACGAAGGCAUGGCGGGAUACGUAGGUUAUGAUGUGCAGUCUGCAUACACACCCAAUGGGGUGCUGUACAUCACCGGAGCACCACGUUUUAACCACAGCGGGCGUGUCACGGUGUACCGCUUCGACAGAGAAAAUGUCACUAUAACACAGACGCUGAAAGGAGAGCAGAUCGGCUCCUAUUUCGGCAGCGUUCUUCAGACGCAUGACAUCGACCGUGACAAUUACACUGACAUCCUUCUGGUAGGAGCUCCAAUGUACAUGGGUCCAGAGAGGGAUGAACAAGGUCAAGUCUAUGUCUACAAACUCAAUGAGGAUGGACUCUUUGAACAUGAGAUGACACUCAAGCCGGUGAAUCAAAUGUGCUGUUCGGAUCACUCGCACAGCAGCUGUAAAACCGUGAAUAAGAACGAGCCGUGUGGUGCACGAUUCGGUACUGCAAUUGCUGCUGUGCCUGACCUCAACCUGGACGGCUUUAAUGACUUGGUGAUCGGAUCCCCCUUGGAGAACGACCAUCGAGGGGUGGUGUAUAUUUACCACGGUUCUCAGCAAUCAAUAAAAAAGAAAUAUGUACAGCGCAUUGCUGCUGGUGGAGAUGGAGUGAGCAUGAAGUUCUUUGGCCAAUCAAUUCACGGCAUUAUGGAUUUGAAUAAUGACGGCAUCAUUGAUGUCACUAUCGGAGGAAUAGGAGGGGCCGCACUUUAUUGGUCUCGGGAUGUAGCAGAACUGCUUGCAGAGAUGACCUUUGACCCCAGCAAGAUCAAUCUGCAGCAGACAUGUCAGGUCUAUGGAAAGAACACAGUGUGUGUGAAAACCAAAGUGUGUUUUAAGUAUCGGAUCAAGUCUGAAAAAGAAACAAACACAGGAACUGUCUUCAGGUACAAUUUAACGCUGGACUCUUUGAGAGCGAUUACCAGAGGACGUUUUAAUGAGACAGAUGACAGAAGGUUGCAGAAGAAGGAGUCUAUCAAUGAUGUGCUUUGCAGAGAGCACACCUUCUACACGUCGGAUAAACUAGAUUUCAGAGAUCCCAUUAUGGUCACAUUGGAAUUUGGUUUAGUGGAUGAAGACAAAGGUCCAGUUCUGGAUGGGGAAUUACCGACAUCACUCAACAAGACCAUUGCUUUAGUGGACUGUGGGAGCAACAAAAAGUGCAUUGCUAAUCUGCACCUCAAAUCGACUGCCAGCAUCUCAAGUCUACUCAUAAAAAGCAACCAGGAGAAAUUUUAUGUCAACAUCAACAUCCACAACAAGAGAGACAAUGCUUACAACACCAAGGUUACACUGACUCACACAGAAAAUAUCAACUAUGUCAAAGUCGAGCCUAAAGAGAAGGACUGUGAAACUAAUAAUACCGAAAUAGUAUGUGCAGUUGGAUACCCUUUCCUCAAAACUGAUAAAAUGGAAACAUUCAGAAUCCAGUUUGAGUCUAAUCCUUCUCAUAUUCUCAAGGACAUUGUGAUCAAUGUUACUGCAACCACUGAUAGCGAGGAGCCAGCUUCUGAACUGAAAGACAACUUUGUGAGCAUCGUCAUCCCUGUAAAGUAUGUGGCCAACCUACGAUUCAUUGCGAACAAGUAUAUGAAGGAGGACUACAUCAUAUUGAAAGAGAAGGAGACAAUACCAAGUGUUUUCAACCACACUAGUGUGAUCGGAGAUGAGGUGAAAAUCAGUUACACGAUCGAGAGAGAUCCAGAAAUGCAGAGUCCUCCGCUGCAGCUCACGAUAACUUACCCGCAUCUCACAUCUGCAAAUAACUACCUGCUGUACUUCACAGAUCUUGUGCACACAGGGAACAUCAGAUGUACUGGCAGUGAAUUGAUUAACCCUUUAAACAUAAAACCUGACAAUCCACACAAGGUGAAUUCUAAAACAGAGACCUUGAGCAUCUACAUUCUGAGUUGUAAAGAAGUGAGAAACCCCUGUAAGUCAUUUAGCUGCUAUAUCCCUCCUGCUGAUUUCAACCAGAUCAACACCACUUUUAGAGUGUGGUGGCCCACUUUCAUCCAAGGAGAGUUUUCCAGUCUCUACAUGGCUGUUGAAGCCAAACUGGAGAGCAAGAACACUGACCUGUUUGUGUUAAAUGGGAAUGUCAAGACACGAGAGAUCAAGAUUCAAGUCACCAAAGACAUACAAAGUGGAAUUCCACUGUGGAUUAUUAUCCUUAGUAUUCUCAUAGGACUAUUAAUACUGGCACUUGUUAUCUUCGCUUUAUGGAAGGCUGGAUUCUUCAAGAGAAAAUCAGUUGAAGACAUGAAGGAGGAUAUGAAGGAUUCUGAUUGAGUACAGUUCUGUUGCCCCUGUCCCUCAGGUCAACUCAUACUACACAUAGCCAAGGUCAUCGAGAUCACAUUCUAGAACCAAAGUCAGGUAGAACAUCUGGGCUUACCAAAGAUCCUUCACCCAGCGCUUGGCUUGACUCAUUGAUUUAUCUUCUCAUGCUCACGCUAAACUUUAACUGAAUUGAAUUGUAUAUGAAAUCAAUGAACCUCUGAAGCACCACAAGAUUGGUGGUGGACAUUUUGCCAAACCAUGAAAGCUUUGCCCAUCUUUUUCAGUUUUCAAGCUUUUGUUGAAAACUGAACCUCCCACCAGCCUAAAAAAAAUUUACCCUCCUCCACAACCCUCCUACAGCAUUCAUCAUCAGCACAGCAAAGCUCAUGCCUAUCCUGGCAUUACAUAUGAAAGUCCCUGCAGUGAUCUACAGUCUUGUAAUCAGAACCUUACACUCUUAUGAGUAACAGGUUUAUAUAUAGAGAUCUAUUCCAAUAACUAAGUUUUAGAGCUUUUUUAUACUGUAUAAAGCACUGCACAUUGAUGUUUUUUUUAGAUCAAAGCUUUUUUCUUUUUUUUUUUUCCGUGGGCUUUUGAAUAUUGGCACAUUUAUUUUUGUUCACUGACGUUUUUCACGCUUUUUGUCUUCAUCCGAGAAUGAAGAGGAAAAGAUUUGUUUGUAUUGUAAAUGUAAAGCUUUAAAUGUAUAUAAAUGCAUGUUUGCAAUAUCACUUUAAUUAUAAAUUAAUGGCUUUAUCAAAGUUAUUGCUUUAUUUGUGUUCAGAAUAACUCCUGGCUUGUUUCCUGACCUUUUCAUGCAACGUUUCUCAGGUAUUCCAGAUUGUUACAAUGUCGUUACAAUGUCUGGAAUCAUAAAAUUGGACAGUUAUUGUCUUGACAAGUUCUUGCCAUAUGUAAAUAUCAGAAAUACAAUUACUUAAAAUAUAUGUUAAAGAGUAAGUUCACCCACAAAAAGGACAAUUUUGUAAUCAUUUACUCACCCUCAUAUUGUUCCCAACCUGUAUGAUUUUUUCUCUUCCUUGGAACACAAAAUGUGAACAUUUUAAGAAUGUUCAGAAUGUUCUUUUCCAUUCAUAUAU